GUCAAAGUAUAUGUCACAAGAAAAAUGGUACUUACAUGUACACUAUAAGAACACACUCCACAGCAGGUUACUCUGCACUUUGAGUUGGUCCACCUGGAGGAGCGAGCUGCUAAACUUCUCAUCGAUGGACUCUGACUCAGAUAACAUGGAAGUGAUGACAUCUAAACGAAGGGCGUACAUCAGUCUCCCACAGAAAUAUUUAGCUGAUUUUGCUGAAAACUAUGACCUGGACCAUGGGUUGGUUGUAAGAGAUCUGAACCCCUAUGUGAAUGAAAGUUAUGUGCGAGCUUACUUUAGAAAAUGGGGCACCGUCACAUCGUGUAAGGUUAAGAGGAGCCCCAUCUCGGGGGAAGAUAAGGCAGUGGCCUAUGUGAGGUUUGCUACUAAAGAUGAAGUAGACAGGGCAGAAUGGGCUGGUCCUCACUACAUUGGAGGCAUUGUGGAAGUGACACAAGUUGUGAGUCCAAAGAUAGAGGAAGAUUCAGAUGAGGAGGUCGCUGCAGCCGCUAGUUGGCCUUGAACUCGGCGUUCACUCGGGUUGGGCUACAUACUGGAGGAUGCUCAGUGAUUAGAUAAAGUAAAGUAUUAAAAAAUACUGUCUAACUUUUUCUCUACGUCUAAAAUCAUAAAUGUAAGCUAUAUGUAAAUCAAUCUGGGGAUUGUGAACUUAAACUAAUGUGGAGUAGUUAUAAUAUUCUGUAACCUCAAAGACUAAAAACAUAAGGAUGUCAAUAAUGCUCUCAAAUGCUUGUUGUGUCUUGUGACUAUUGUCGACUUUGGGUGGAUAAUGAAGUUUUAUUCUAUGUUAUGGUUUAUUCAAAGACUGUCAGAGACAUGGGGAUGUUAGUAUAUAGAUGAGAUGUUCACUUUCUUACUGCAGCCAGUGUUAGUGAAUGAAAUAUGAUCUGUAGUUUAUAAAAGUAUGUAACACUUUGCAAAACACUUAACUCAUACUUGCCACAUUAUUGCUCUUAAGUGUAAAUAAAUAAAUGGUUUUGGCAGCUUCA